AUGGCACCCAAAUAUAAAAAACUUUUUGAUCAAGACUAUAAAAAAAUUUUUUUAAAUUGUGCAAGGACAGGUACACAUUUUCAAGAUGAUACUUUUCCACCUAAUGAUUCUUCAAUCUGGAAAUCAAGGCUAAAUCUUUCAAAAUCGACUCAUCAACCAAUUGAAUGGAAAAGAUGUAAGCUUUCAAAAAAUCCACAUUUAUUUAUCCUCGACAAUGGAAAAUUAAAUACUGAUGUAUUAAAUAAUAACAUCAAUAGUUCUUGGUUAGUAUCGGCAUUGGGUGUUUUAGCUGCUCAUCCAAAUUUACUUCAUAAAGUUGUACCUAAUUGGAUUGAUCAAGAUUGGUGUCAUAGUGACGAACCUGGAAAACAAUUGGGUGUAUAUAAUUUUCGAGAUACUGAACGCCAUCCAGUAGUUGUAGAUGAUUAUCUUCCCACAAGAAAUAAUCAUCUAAUAUUUUCUCGUUCUAAAAACCCAAAUGAGAUGUGGUGUUCUCUUUUAGAGAAAGCUUAUGCAAAACUAUGUAAAUGUUAUGAGGCAUUAGAAGCAGGAUCUGCUUCAGAUGCAUUAGUUGAUUUGACUGGAACUGUUCCUGAAACAAUUGAAUUAAAAUCUGAUAUUGAUGAUGAUUGCCAUGAUGAUGUUUUAAAACAAAUGGGCGAUAAAAAAUUCAUAGCAAUGUUGCAACUUGCUAAUAACACAGGUGCAUUAAUGAGUUGUUCUAUUAAUGCUCUUGAGGGUGAAAGAAAACAAGAAAGAUUACCAAACGGAUUAGUGAUUGGGCAUGUGUAUGGAAUUACAGGAAUGGCAAAUAUAAAACCAAGUAUUUUUAAAAGAAAUAAAGAAAUUGUUCUUAUAAAAUUACAUAACCCAUGGGGUGAAGUUGAAUGGAAUGGUAGAUGGUCUGAUAAUUCAUCAGAGUGGCAAAAAAUUAGUAUUUCAAAAAGAAAUAAAUUAGGUUUUAAAAUAGCAGAAGAUGGCGAUUUUUGGAUGUCAUUUGAAGAUUUUACAAAAAAUUUUUCUACAUUAGUAAUUUGUCGUCAUCUCAAUACAUCAUGGUUUACAUUAGGGAAACGUUGGUAUGGUACAAUAUUGCAUGGUAGAUGGUCAAUUAAGAAUAAAACAGCUGGUGGAUGUAUAAAUAACAUAAAUACUUUUUAUGAAAAUCCACAGUAUUCUAUAUUAGUUCACAAACCAACUACUUUAGUAGUUGCUCUGAUGCAAAAAGACAAUGACAAAAAGGUUACAAUAGGUUUUAUUUGUCUUAAAAUUGAAGAGAAUCGUAAAUAUCGAAUUCAUAAGUCAACAUAUGAAACUGUAGGCUCUGUAACUUACAAAAAUGUGCGUGAAGUUACAACAAGGAUGACACUUAAUAGUGGACAUUAUGUUUUAAUACCAUCAACUUUUAAUAAUGGAAAAGAGGCAUCCUAUUUUCUAAGAAUAUUCUCUACAAGACCAAUAAAAAUUAGACAAUUAAUUAAAGAUGUACCUCCCAAAAAAUGGUAUGAUCCUAUUAUAUAUUUUGGGAAAUCAUAUUAUGUUGGAAUGGUGAGAAUACAAAUCAUUAAAGGAGAUUUUAAGAGGGAAGUUAAUAAAGGUUAUGUUAGACUAUCUUUUUUUGAUCUAAAGUCUAGGGUUUCCAAAUGUUAUGAAACUAGACACUUUAAAAAAUCAUAUGAUCCAGAAAUUAAAACUGAAUAUAUAUUUUAUGUAAGAGACCCACAAACAGCAGGGUUUUUACUUCAACUAUAUCAAUCAAGAGCAUUUAAAAAAGAUGAAAUGUUGGGAGAGAUGAGAUUAGGAAUAGAUAAUUAUUCAAAAAUGGAUAAAAUAGGUAAAACAUGGGAAGUAACUAAAACACUAACAAAAGUAGUUCGUUUACCAAAUCCAAUUGGUAUUUUUACAAGUCAAGAGGUAGAAGCUACACAAGAAGCCAAGAAUACAAAUCAACAAAUUAAUUCAGUAAAUGAUUAUAACAAUUAUAAAAGUCAGAGUCAAAAUAAUAAGAAGUAUAUGAUUGGUGGUUUUCCUGUUUCAAAAAAAAACAAUGAAGUUAUUGGUGGUGAAAAUAUUUUAAUUCCACAAGUUGUUGAUUCUGGAAUUGUUGUACCUAAUUGGAUUGAUCAAGAUUGGUGUCAUAGUGACGAACCUGGAAAACAAUUGGGUGUAUAUAAUUUUCGAGAUACUGAACGCCAUCCAGUAGUUGUAGAUGAUUAUCUUCCCACAAGAAAUAAUCAUCUAAUAUUUUCUCGUUCUAAAAACCCAAAUGAGAUGUGGUGUUCUCUUUUAGAGAAAGCUUAUGCAAAACUAUGUAAAUGUUAUGAGGCAUUAGAAGCAGGAUCUGCUUCAGAUGCAUUAGUUGAUUUGACUGGAACUGUUCCUGAAACAAUUGAAUGA